GGGUGUCGGACAGGGUAUUUACCCAAAUGUCCGUGGUGAAGGGCAUGGCAAUGACAAUAAGACCUUAGUCCGCGGGAAUGUUUGACGUCCAAUCAUAAUGUCCACGGAAGGAUUUCUUAUAGACUUAAGAUCUGUUAGACCAUGAAUCACGUUGGUUUGAAUGUGGUGUUAAAAUUUGCUACGUACGAACAGAUUUACAGUCCAUCUUUUUAUCGCCAAAGAUGGUAACAACUGGUAUUUCCAGUACUUCGGACAUUGUUUUGAAGUAGGUUGUGAAGACAGCGCAGUUUCUCACUUAGAUUAGUAAUAAGUAACAGACAAUCUAAAAUUUGUUUGCGACUUCAUUAUAGACUGUAAAGAAGUCAAUAGAAACUUCCUUUUAUCAAAUAUCAUUACUUUCUAAUUUUUUUUUAUUAACAACAUUUAUGUAGAUACCAUUAUCAUUGAUCAUUGUUUUCUAUUCCAUGGACAAAAUAUUCAUUUUGAGCAAGGGCCGGAAGUUCCAGCGAUCAGCAUUCAAUAACAAGUAAUGCGAAAUCGCACAUCAGAACAUGAACAUUGUAGUUCUCGGAGAUUUCCACUUCCUGUGGGAGGUUGUAAAAUGCAUCCUACUUGCAUUUUGUUCGUCAUCUCUCAGCACGGGGUCCCUCUCCUUCCUUAAAGACCUUGUGGACAGGAAACCUUUGGAUGGAAGAGGAACCAACUUCAAUGUGCUGGAUGAAUUCCUCCACCAUGUCCACAGUGCCAGUUUGACGGCAGCAUUGCUGACACACUUGCAGAUGGCAUCCACAGCAGAUGACUACAGGGCUGAGGAUAGCAUCGAAGACAUCGCCAAGUCUUUCCUACGAGCAUUUGUUUGGAAAAAGAAACAGGAGAGCACAGCUGACGACUCCAUCUACUCCCUGUCCACAUCUCUGCUGUAUCACCUGAUGCUGUACGUUGACCUCCGCCAGUCCAUAAGGUAUAAGAACGGGGCUGCCAUCAUUGCCCACUGGCGAUACUGGCUGCCAACAUUGCUGGGAACAGGUCGGAGUCAGUACAGCUCAGAGGCUGCCAACCUUUUGGCAAACCUGGCAUCAGACUGGUCUGAGGAGAUGGCUGCACUUGCCACCAACAACCGAACUGUGAACCUCCAUGGGAGGGAGGGCCAUGGAAAACCCAUAGAUAUGCUGGUGGAGCAUUACAACAAGAUUCUCAAGACAGUCCUGAAGAGAUCAGGUGGCCAUCUGUCAUGCAAACAUGCAAAAGAAGUGUCUCUAGCCAUUCCGCUGUUGGAUGAGGCACGGAGAUUUUGCAGGGAGCUGUUUGGAACCAAGCAGACCGUGGGGCAUACAUCGCCAUCUGCUGAGAAGGACAUCAGAAUCAUGAUGGAUCGGCUAGUACAAGGUAACGUGUUUGGUGUGGUCCCAGGAAGGCGCCUUUUCUUGGGAUCAAAGUUCGAAGACCCAGUGACAAAGGGUUUCCAGAAGAUUACCGAAGGAAAGUGGUUGGAGCAGUUCCUACAGAAAAGAAACAUUUUGGAAUGUGACGCAGACACGCAGGCCAAUACUGAUGAUGAUGUCCCGGACACAGAUGUUUUGAUCGAUGAAUAACUGAAUGUUUUGACCAUUUUGACUAUGAUUACCUGUUCACAUUUGUAAUAUCCCUCAGAACUGGCCUCCUGUUUUUCUUAUUCGGUUUCUCAGGGAUGAGUCUGUCAAUUGUUGCUAUGAUUGUUUAGAGAUAAUGUUCUGACAUUCCUGUAAUGCAUUUGACCAUUUUAAGGUCCUCAGAUGUAUGAAUAGUGUGACAGUCGGUCUUAAUUCUUUCUACUGUAUCAUCAGACAUGAUCCCGCAUGGUCCAAUCAACAAGAGUUCUGGACGUUGUUCACACCAUUCAUCACGAAGCAUUAGCAGCUCUGCUUCUAGUCUGUCUUCAUUGUCUGUGUCCUGUCUCCGCUUGGGUCGGGGUCGCCUUCUCUUUGUGUUGUUUUCUGUGCCCUCACUCGUAUCUGCUGUAAAUAUGCAGUCCUGAUCUUCAGUGUUGUGCACAGAGCAGCACCUUUCAUGCAGAUCUGGCGCCUCCUGUCCCAAGUGGUUCAAAAUUGCCUUCCUUGGGCAGUCAGCCUUGUAGAUGUCUUUCAUUGGACCAUGUGUGGUGUUGUCUGCCUUGUUGAAGAAUAGGACUGCAUGGGCGGGGUCCCCUCUUCUUCCUGCCCUACCUAUUUGCUGAAGGUCAAAUGAUUGUGUCAAUAAGACAGAUGUUCACUAUGAUUAGAUACAUAAUUGCCCUAUGCAAUUAGCCAAUACAUUUGACCUAACAUU